CACCACUCUUUGAUGACACCAACUACUCCUAUUGGAAGGAACGGAUGAGAAUUUAUAUCCGUUCCACCAACUUCCAAUUAUGGUUGGUCAUCAAAAACGGAGAGCAAAUCCCUAUGAAGAAAGUAGGAGAAACCACAGUCCCAAAAACCGAGGAUGAGUUUGAUGCUGAAGACAUCAAGAAGGUUGAAAACUACGCAAAAGAUAUCAACAUGCUUUACUGUGCGGUUAACCCCGAUGACUACCGGAAAAUCUCCUGCUGCACAACCGCCAAGGAGAUGUGGGACAAGCUUGAGGUGACGUACGAAGGUACCGAUCAAGUUCGUGAAGCCAAGAUCGAUUUUCUCACCCAAGAGUACGAAAUGUUCCGAAUGAAAGAAGGUGAGAAAAUCAAUGACAUGUUCGACCGGUUCUCAAAGAUCAUCAACGAUCUUCAUGCUCUCAAAAAGACUUACACCAACAAGGAUCUCGUGAGGAAAAUCCUGCGGAGUCUCACACCCGAAUGGAGGUCAAAAGCCGAUGCAAUCUAUGAAUCCAUUGGAGUCUCAAAUGUCACCAUCGACGAGCUAAGAGGUAACCUCAAAACUUAUGAAUCUACUAUUCUAACCCCAUCUUUGGAUGAACAAAAGAAGAAAGGAAUAGCUCUCAAAGCAACCAAAGAGACUAUGGAAGAAGUCUCAAGUGAUGAUGACAACGAGUUCGGACUCGUCAUCAAGAAAUUCCACAAAUUCAUGAAGAAGGAAUUUGAACAGAAAGGAAGAAAGCACGACGGUCCCCCGAAGUGCUAUGGCUGUGGCGAGAUAGGCCACAUCAAGCCAAGAUGUCCAAAAGGCAAAAGCGGCAAGGACAAACCUGGCUUCAAAAAGCAACGAGCCUAUAUCUCAUGGGGUGGUGACUCUGGCGACGAGUCAACUGAUCAAGAAGAGGAGGAAGCCGCCAACCUCUGCCUCAUGGCGCACGAAGAUCAAACCAACGACGUUCAAGAGGUGUGCUUGAAGGCAUCAAGUGUACUUUGGUACCUUGACAGCGAAUGCUCCAAGCACAUGACCGGGGAUGCAUCCAAGUUUCUCCAAAUCAAACCCGCUAAAGGAGGAAACGUAGUUUUUGGAGAUAACAGCAAGGGAAAGAUCAUUGGCGUUGGUUCAGUAGGUAAAUCUGAAAAUUCCUCUAUAGAUAAUGUCUUGCUUGUUAAAGACUCACUUGAAAGAAUGCACAUUGAAGACGAUGAGGAAGACACGCCAUUAUACACCAACCCGCAACCACAACCUGAGGAAACACCUCAAGUGAUGGUCGAAAAUGAGGAUCAAGCGGACGAAGAAGAACACGAGGAAGCCCAGGAACAAGAGAAAACCGAGCUUCCCAUCACUUGGAGAACGCACAAGAACCAUCCACUUGACCAGGACAAGAGCAGGGCCGCCACCUCCGGGAAAUCAAAGUCCAAAUCCCGGGCGCCUACUUCAUCCUCCGAGGAGCGCCUCUACUAUGGCGACGGGACUUACCUUUGGUUUGAUUCCGAGGAGGAGCGCACCCAAUUCCUCACCUUCUUCUCUAAACGGGUUGUGGCUCCCCCACGGAUCAUCCCGGAGCGCUACCCAGAGCUGCAGGGCUACGACGACCUUGACGCACAGCUUCAUCAAGCCGGUCUUUGGCCGUUCGUCUCCCGGGCGCGCAAGGAGAUCCACCCGGCGCUGAUCCGGGCCUUCUGCUCCAACCUCCGGCGUGAGGACGACGUGCUCUACUCGCUCAUCAAGAGCACGCCGAUCGAGCUCACCGUGGAGCAGCUUGGGCGCAUCGCCGGCCUCCCCUUCCAAGGCGACGAUGUGUCUCACUAUGGUGGAGAGGAUUGGGUGCUCAACAACGAGGGCCUUAUCCUCAACGAGCUUGGCAUCACCGAGCUCAAACGCCAUGCCUCAGGCCGCCCAACCAUUCACUCCGCCAACCCCAAAGGCCGUCUCGUUCUCUACAUCGUCUCCCGGAUCAUCAAACCCGGAAGCAUGGCCACACCAUCAUGCUUGGUGAAAAGGAUCAUGAAAUACCUUGUCGGCACGGUUAACGUUGGACUGUGGUAUCCAAAAGGCUCUUCUUGUCAUCUCGUCGGUUAUUCCGACUCGGACUUUGCUGGUUGCAAAUUAGACCAUAAAAAUAAGGGCAGGGCAGGAACCUCCGGGAAAUCAAAGUCCAAAUCUCGGGCGCCUACGACAUCCUCCAAGGAACGCCUUUACUAUGGCGACGGGUCAUACCUCUGGUUUGAUUCCGAGGAGGAACGCACCCGUUUCCUCACCUUCUUCUCUAAACGGGUUGUGGCUCCCCCGCGAAUCAUCCCGGAGCGCUACCCAGAGUUGCAGGGUUACGACGACCUAGACGCACAGCUUCAUCAAGCCGGCCUUUGGCCGUUCGUCUCCCGGGCGUGGAAGGAGAUCAACCCGGCGCUGAUCCGGGCCUUCUACUCCAACCUCCGGCGUGAGGACGACGUCAUCUACAGCCUCGUCAAGUCCACGCCGAUUGAGCUCACUGUAGAGCAGCUUGGGCGCAUCGCCGGCCUUCCCUUCCAAGGCGACGAUGUCUCUCACUAUGGCGGAGAGGAAUGGGUGCUCAACAACGAGGGCCUUAUCCUCAACGAGCUUGGCAUCACAGAGCUCAUCCGCCAUGCCUCGGGCUGCCCAACCAUCCACUCCGCUACCCCCGAAGGCCGCCUCGUCCUCUACAUCGUCUUCCGGAUCAUCAAACCCCGGAAGCACGACCACACAAUCAUGUUCGGAGAGGACCUCAAGCUCGUCCACGCGAUCAUGCACUCGGCCCCAAUCAAUUGGGCGAAGUUUGUCAUGAUCAACAUGACGAUCGCCGUGUCCACCGACCAUGAUCACCUCCUCCCGUACCCGUUUUUGGUGAUGGACAUCCUUGAACGGUUCAAGGUAACCACCACCGUUGGCCUGCUCACGAAGGCCACGAAGCUUUGGACGAUAAGCGCCCAAACCUUCACCAAGCGGUCGGACAACGCCGCGCCUGCCACUGUCGCGCCACGCCGCACUGCCCCUGCCGCUGGCCCAGCCGAACCCCAGGCCCGGGCCAACCUCGCCUCCAUCGCCGAAUCCCUCAACUGGCUACACCUCAAAGUUGACGGGAUGGAUGGCUACCUUGAGCGGCUCGACGAGGCGGUCCAACGCCAAGGGUACGCCAUGAACGCGUACUUCCAACGCGUUAACUACGUCCCCCCACCGUACCAUGGCACGUUCUUUGGGCAAGUGUACGGUGACGAGGACGAAGACGAUGCCUCCUAUGCCCCGUCAAGCUCCCCGGAUGACGACGAGUUCGAUGACGCCAUUGAUGGUGAUGAGAUGGACGUCGACGACGACGAGGACGAGACCGAAGACGAAAACUAGGACACCCCUAGAAUUUCUAUCUCUUUUCCUUUAAUUGUCUUGUUUUUUUAAUGCUUCUGACAGUUGUAGUUUUUCGGGUAGUAAACCUUCCUAGUAAAGGGUUAGUUUUCUCUCCGAGUGUCGUGUCUCUCGAGGAGUGGACGAAGGGAAUUAGUUUAAUUACUCUAAUUAGGCGAAGAUUAGGAUUGGU